GUCCAGCCCUCGAGCUUCUCCUGCCUUCCAUCUCCUCCUGCUCAUCUCGCUUCAGGAGCUGUAGCUGCUAUGGUGGCGGUACGCAGGCCUUGGCCCGUUAUGGUCGCAAUGCUGCUAGUCCUGCUCGCCUGCCUGGGAGCGCUGGUGGACGCCUACCCCGCUAAACCAGAGGCUCCGGGCGAAGAUGCCUCCCCGGAGGAGCUGAGCCGCUACUAUGCUUCCCUGCGCCACUACCUCAACCUGGUCACCCGGCAGCGGUAUGGGAAAAGAGAAGUCCCCGCAGCUCUGUUCUCCAAACUGCUCUUCACAGACGACAGCGAUAAUCUCCCCUUCAGGUCUCGGCCAGAAGGUGUGGACCAGUGGUGAAGACCCCCAAGGCCUCCCGUGAGAUGUGCUAACUACACCGACUUCACUUGCAUGUUUGGUUUAAGAAGAGGGGACUUCGUGUCUCAGACACCCAGGCUGGAGGGCUGUGUGUGUUCAUGUCCCCGUCCUCAAAUAAAAAGCAAAUUUCGCACAAAA